AACUUACAGCGGCACUGAAACCGAAGGACAGCUUUUGAAUUCCUUUGUUCAGUACUUUGGUGACAGCCUUGGGAGGAAGAUUAAAAGAAUGCCUUUAAUUGAAGAAACUGUUCUGCCUGGGGACUCCCUUCUUACCCUGCCUGUAGUAAUAAUAGGAAAUGGACCUUCAGGAAUUUGCCUUUCUUACCUGCUCUCUGGAUACAGGCCAUAUUUGUCUCCUGAGGCUAUACACCCAAACCCCAUUCUACAUACAAAGUUAGAAGAAGCUCGACAUCUUUCCAUUGUUGACCAAGAUCUGGAGUACCUGUCAGAAGGGCUGGAAGGACGCUCCUCAAACCCAGUUGCAGUGCUUUUUGAUACCUUGCUUCACCCGGACGCUGACUUUGGCUAUGACUACCCGCCUGUUCUGCACUGGAAGUUGGAACAGCAUCAUUACAUUCCCCACAUAGUGCUUGGAAAAGGACCACCUGGAGGGGCCUGGCAUUCCAUGGAGGGCUCUAUGCUAACCAUCAGUUUUGGAGACUGGAUGGAAUUGCCUGGCCUCAGCUUUAAGGAGUGGGCAGCUAGCAAACGCAGAAAUAUAAAGACUGAUCGAGUAAUGCCAGAGGAAAUAGCUUGUUAUUAUAAACACUAUGUUAAAGUCAUGGGCCUCCAAAAGAAUUUCAGAGACAAUGUUUAUAUAACAUCAGUGUCCAGGCUUUACCGAGAAAAGGAUGAUGAAGGUAGGAGUCACCAAAAUGAAGAUAUUUCAACACAGCAUUUGGAAAUGGAAGAUGGACAGAAAUCACUUGUUAAGAGAAACUGGGAAGUCAGAGGUUAUCAGCGAGCAACAGAUGGCUCUCAUGUGCCCUUCUGCCUCUUUGCUGAGAAUGUGGCUCUUGCAACUGGAACCUUUGAUUCUCCUGGCCGACUGCAAGUUGAAGGAGAAGACUUUCCUUUUGUCCUCCAUUCCAUGUCUGACUUCGGAGCCGCAAUCAGCAAAGGAAAGUUACGUGGGAAGGCAGACCCUGUGUUGAUUGUGGGUGCUGGACUAACAGCAGCUGAUGCAGUGCUAUGUGCCUAUAACAACAACAUCCCCGUAGUCCACGUGUUUCGUAGAAGAGUUACUGAUACAAGCCUGAUUUUCAAACAGUUACCUAAAAAGCUUUACCCUGAAUACCAUAAGGUCUAUCACAUGAUGUGUACUCAGUCCCAUACCGUGGACUCUAACCAACAUUCUGCUUACACUAGUUUCCCUGAACACAAUGUACUUUCCUUCAAGCCUGAGAUGAAAUGUGUUCUUCAGAGUGCCUCCGGACUGAAGAAAAUUUUGAAGUUUUCUGUAGCCUUAGUUCUGAUAGGUUCUCACCCAAAUCUUUUCUUUUUAAAGGACCAAGGACAUAGCAUAGGUCAUCACUCUAAUCAGCCUAUCACCUGCAAGGGGAAUCCCAUAGAGAUUGAUCCGUACACUUACGAAUGCACUAAAGAAGCCAACCUCUUUGCUUUAGGGCCUCUGGUGGGAGACAACUUUGUACGGUUUUUAAAAGGAGGUGCACUGGGCAUUGCACGAUGCUUGGCUAUAAGACAGAAGAAGAAACAUGAAUUGAUUGAAAGUGGGGAUGGAGGAGGUGAGGGGGUACCAUAAACGAGACAUUAGAAACUCUCACAUCCAGGAUUACAGAUGUAGUCUUAACAGAAAACUCACUGGCAGCAAAAGUUGAUAGCAGUCACAUUUCUGUUGUGUACAAGUAACCUGCGCUUGUAUUGCUUGGUAAAGGAUAUUAUAAUACUUCACUCCUUAAAAAUACAAAAAAUUGAUCUGCUAUUUCAACUGAUCUCAACUGGAACUGCUUCCAGAUAAACAGAAAAUGAGACUAACUUAUAUUGGCCUGCCUGUCUGUCAUCUCUUGCUCAACUACAAGAGCAGACUUCGUUUGUGAAAGGCAAUGCCUACCAGAGUGAUUUUACAUUUUAGUGUCAAGUGUGACAAGAAUGCUCUUACCAUGCAAUUGAAAUAACUUCUAAAAGCAGAAAGCUUGUUUGUACAAAGUGAUUCUUUGUCCCAAAGCAAAUUUGGAGCCUUCUGCUUGAAACAAGGAUUUUAUUUAUUUGCCACAGUAAUACUUGGAAUGAGCACUUAGUAAAAUGGUUUCUACUGUAAGGACUUCUGUAAGCAAGAAGUAUUCCUCAACAGUUUUAAAUUAUCCUGGUAAUUGGAAUAAAAGAAUAAGCAUUCCCAUUUAAUCUUUAAUGAUUUGACACAAUCCAUUAAUGUUUCUUCACACUAUGCCUGGACUUGGGUGAGUGCACAGACUAACAUGAGAUGUUUCCCUACAGUGACAUGUACAUUUCUGAGAAUACGCAUUAACAUAAACAAUAAAGUACUGAUGUAAGUGCUCUUAUUACAGUGUCAAUAUCAUGAAUAUCUAGUGUACUACUGAAAAAUUAGGUACAUGAGAAAAUUAAGGGGUUUUUGCUUCCAAGAUCAGGAAGACUGAAUGGGAUCACUUUGCUGAUGAAGGUGGGGUGGGUGAUAGAUACUCUCUCAUUUGACUAAAAAUGGGUUCUGUUUUUUUUUUUUCUGGAGCAGCACAUAAUAGUAAAAUAUUUUAGCCUGCAGUUUUUGAAACUUAAAGGUUUAUAUCUUACAGCCACCUGAAAAACCAACCAAUUUCAAAACAAACAUGCAAUAGUUCCUUUAAAUCUUAAAGCUUUUAAUGAAAGACAAAGACUUAACUUGUACCUACCUCUGAAAGCAAGUUUCAUCUUUCCGCUCCAUAAUGUAAGACCAGAAAUAACUAGAUAUCAUUUUCUGGGUUUUACAGUAGUUAGUUCAACUAAACACACUGGUAUUUACUGUCAUGAGUUUAUUUACUGUCAGGAGGUUAAGUUAGGAAAGUGAAUUCCCACAACUCUCAGUAGACAAAAGUGAUUGGUCUUGAAUGUUUCUUUACCAAUUUUUUCAUUCGGGUCCAAUAUGAUGGAAAAGGUGUUAUUUUUCUGUUUGGGUUUUUUUUUGUUAAAGAAUGUCGUGUUAGUUUCAAGUAUUCUGUUUGCGUGAUUAAAAAUCUCCAUAUUGAACUUCAGCAGAUUUUAAAAAGGAAGUUAGGCUUUGUGAAACUGCUAGUGGUUGCUGGUUUCCCAACUGCCUUAACUUGCAUAAAUGGUAGAUAGCUAUAUUCAAUAAAUGCCUGUUUUCUGUGCCUACUGAAUUACAGCGUUCUGUGGCUACUGCAGAUCUUUAUGCAUCUGAGUAAGUUACUCAGGAUUUGGACAUAGAAGUUGAAAAGGUAAAGGAUGCAAGGAUUAAAGUUACUAUUUUCAGUGAAAGUCCAAAAUAAUUUAUUAAAUUAUGCUACUAAUAAUAAUAAAUUUUAGUCUAGAGCCACUGAACAGCAUAAACACAAACGAAGGAGCUUUUCUAUCAAUUUCUGCAUUGCCCACAUGGUUGGCUUUAGCCAUGCAUUGUCAGUACUAGUUAAGGUACUUCUUUAUACUGAUAUUGAGCUGAUUUUAAUUCCACUAAAGUCUAAGCUUGUUUUCUUCAUAUUUUAAUUGCAAUUCUUCAAUUUGCCUUCUCUGGAAGAAACUCUGUAUAUAGAAACCAAUUCUAAACAUGUGAUACCUAAUAAUUUUAACUAAGUGCUAAAUACUUGAUGAUAGAAUUUUAUUGCAGUUUAGGUAUUGGGAAUACAUUUGCACUGUGACUAAAUUCCUGCAGUUUUGUGUCAGUAUUAAUGUCCAAAUACAACACAUGGCAUGUUACUGCUUUUUCAUAAAUCACAGGAGACAUUUAAAAUGCCAGCAAAGAAAAAAGAUUUACUUAGCAGUUAUUUUGCAAAAUGGGGAAAAAACCUUCAGCUCCUUUUUGAGCUUCAGCUGCUGCAGCUACUCACAAGCUGUGUGUUGUAGUGACAGUUUUGUAGCAGAGAUCUUUGACCUAUUCUUACUCAAGUAUCUUUCACUGCAGUCUUACAGCACCUUGAGGUUUAACUGCUUUUUUUUUUCCAUCAAUCAUGCCAGUAUUUUUGAGAUAAAAAGUUGCCUGUGAGACCCCCUAGUUGGGCAGAGAAAACUCAGUGGGUCAUGUUUAUUAAGCCAGUGUAAAAAUACUUUUUUCAACCAAAGUUUGCUGAAAGAUCAUCUUGUGUCUUCUAGGAAUUGCUAGAUUUCAAGUUGUACCUAGACUUUUUUAAUUUUUGCUUUUCUGAUUUUGAGAGAAAUUUCUGUUCCUCUCCUGUUUAGUAUUUUGAGGAACUAGGUGAUAGAGAAGUUUGGGCUUUACCUUAAGAUAGUUUUACCUACUGCAUUUAUUGUGAAUUAGAUGUUGGCACUGAAUAGUUGUCUUUUGGGGAAACACCUUGUUUCUCAGAUUAAAAAAAAGCCCAAACAUUUGAAUUUCUUGUGUAAUAUAAUAAUUUACAGAAGGAAGACUGUUUCUUUCAGCUCUUCUUUCAUUGAGAACAAUAAACUUUUAAACAUUGUGUAUUAUAAAAGGGUACUUCGUACUUAAGAUUUAUCAUGAAAAUGCAGACAGGAAGAAAAUAAUUUUUAGCUGAAGUAAGCUAAUUUGGAUUUACAGAAUUUUUAAAGCUGUCUUAACUCUUACUGUGUAUUUUCUAAUAGGGUAAUGGAAAAACAGCUUUUAUGUUUGGAUUUGGUUCUUAAUGCUGUGAAUGUGUCUUCCAGUUAAAUUAUUGCUAAGAGUAUUUCAAGUGUCCAGAUGCUGAACUGGGAGUAAGAUUUCUCCCACUAGAUUUUGCUAACAAUCUGACUCUUUCCAGUACUUCUUCUGACUGAAUUGCACUUAAAAUUUUUUCCACACAGGAGUGAGCCUAAGUUUCACCCAAGUGAGUAAACACAGGAAUCCUUUCUGCAAGUAAUCCAGAGAGAGUGGUGACAACACCACUGGAUUCUUCUCUCUCUCAGGAAAGUGCUUUCUUGGAUGAGAAGCGUGAGCUUGCCAGUGACUGCAUGAAAAGAAUAUGGCUCCCCAGUGGUUAUGCACUGAGAAAGGGACACCAAAGUGUAUCCCACAGCUCUAGGUCCCUUGUCCUCAGCCCUUGGGGAAUUCUUGUAUUUUACUUCUGGCCUGGUGGAUGUAGGCAACUUCUUUUUAAUAAUUUCAUAGAGUGAUGUUUGCAUAAUGAAAAAUACUCAUUUUGUAGAAGGAGGUGGCUAUAGCUUCUUUCUCUCGCAACUCAAGAACUGAAAAGAAAGCUAGAGCCAGAAGUUGAGUGAAAAAGAGAAUGAAAGGGAGUAAAAUUUGCAAACUUGUAGUGAGUCUUCACAGCUGACAAGUGAUGCCGAGUGAGGGGUGAUGGGAGGAAAGCAGUGAGGAACGUGCAGUAGGAAGUGCAGGUGUACAGGUGCUGAAGUGCCAGUGGGGGGUGUCCCCCCUCCUGGGGGAGAUGUGGGGCUGUGACAAGAGCUCUGCACAGGAGCUGCUCCUCCAACACCCACCUGGGAUUUGUAACGUGUGUGAGAAAUUGUCUUUGCUGACAAAGCUGUAGGACCGGAUCAGCGACGUGGGGUGCCAAGAGAUCAGGCUGUGUUACUCUGCUACCAUAUUUUCUACUUCUGAGAAGCAAGCAAGUAUAUUUUGUAAUAGCAGGAUCCUGACAGUGCUCCCAGACAUUUCUAAACAGGAAGAGGUAGCACACAUAAGCUUUAAAGGCAGCUGAUUUUAUUACUGUCAAUACAGUAAUGAUUUAAUUUUGAGUAAGUUAGGGAACCAAAAAUGCCAAAAGGUUUAUACUGUUACAUCUUAAUUUAGAUAAUCUAUUAGAACGUUACAAUAACAAUGUUCUGUCAUAAUUUUUCAGUUCUUAUUUUAGAGUGAGAGCAAGCCAGGAGCAUUCAAGAGAUGCGAGAGCUUGUGUAAAUAUUUUCCCCAUUUCUCCUUGCCCAACCUGAAAGAAAAGUCUUGCUUGAAAUAACUAUAACGGUUGAUUUUACUCAGCAGAAAGAAUGGAAAUUGAAGCAUCUUCGACAGAAAAAGAAAGGCUUUGGUGACAUUAGGGGCAUUGGGGGUACAAAGCUGAAGUAAGGAAUUAUAAAUAGCUCUUUUUCUGAAACAGAGUGUAUUUUUGGGAAUAUGGCAUGCUGGGAGUUUCAUUUUAAUUUAUUUUUGAAGCUUGAAUUACAUGGAGAAUUGUGUGGUCAAGGAUGAAUUUGGUCUAAGGAACAAGGAUUAUAGGCAAGGGGAAAAGCAUUUCUAGUGUUAUUUAGUAGCUGUAGUGAAUCUAAUUGCUAUAUUAAAGAUGGUUUUGUCUACAGACAGUAGAACAUUUCAGCUCAAACAUACCUUGAACUUGGGUUCAUAUUAUACCUGUCUGCAUGUUAGGUAAUUUUCUAACUGAUAAUUUUGUACUUUCAGGGCAUCAUAAACCAACUCUUAAAACCUAGGUGUAAGUAGUAGUCAUCAAAACCAGGAAACAACUUGUUCUGAAGACUAAGUAACUAAUUUGCACCUUCCUCCUCCCUCUCUUUAUUCUGAGAUCACUGGCAGUAAGUGCCAGCCUACAGUGGAUGCUUCAAUAAACUGUCCCUAGACACCCUCUGUGGACUUACAUGCCAGCAUAAAGAAAAUUAACAACUAGGUUUGCUAUGUAUUCACAAAAUCCUAUAGAAUCCUGGCAUUUUUUAGGUUGUCCUUUAACUAGGUAAACGAGUAUUUUUCAUUGGUUUGGAUGCUAGGACCAGCUGCUGUGUGAACAGUGAGCUAUUGUUUGAGAACUGAUCCUGCUACCUUACAUCUCCCUGGCACAAUUACUGAGUCAAUACUCUGACCUUGGCCAUUUCUGUUAGACCUGCUAUGCUGGAAUUCCAGUUUGAAAUUACAUAAAGGACUGUAUUCAUCUACCUAUGUUUGCUCACACACAAUGCACCUGGACUUGGAGAUAUGUGUAAAUAUAAUUUGUUUGUGUGUGGCAGUGCCAGUUUUCAUCUUUUGCUGGAGUAUGCUUGCAUCAUACUUAUUUUUAUGAUGAGCAAUAUAAACGCAUGCAGAACAUUUUCAGUAAGCAACUUGUGAGAAAAACCUCUCUUUUGAUGAUAAAUAUUCCUGUGGUUUGCAUGCUAGGCAUGUUUUAUCUUAAUUUGUGAAAACUGAUUACAGACUGAAGACAAAAAACCAGUGUCACCUAGAAGUCAGUUAUUUUAAUUUUGAGAAGUAAGGAACUCAAGUCAAAUGAAGGAUCAAACUGCAGAGGAAAAAGCAGUCAGAGAGCUGCAGUGUUCAGAAUGAGGGAGAAGUGUUUUGCAUGGAUCUGGUACUGAAACCAAUGACUGACAGAUUCCAGUAGUAAAAGCUGCAGAGCAGUAGGGGCAGAGUGCUAAAGCAAGUGGUAGAGAGAGUUGCUAGUCAGGGAUAUCUGUUAUUGUGUAGCAUUUUUGUAACUAUCUCACUGGAAUGUGAUGAUGAUGGCAAUCAAAGAUUGGAAGAGGAAGGAAUAAUGGUACGGAAGAGAGAGGGUUAAUUUUUUGGGCACAUUUGUCUUGAAUUCUAAGGAGAUACCAGAACAACAUCAACACAAUUGGAAUUUGAAAAUCAAGCAAAAAUCAGUUUGGGAAUUUGUGAGUCAAACCAGAUGUGGCCAAAUGAGGAUUGAUUCAAGAAAGGGAAAAGAGCAAGAGAAGAGAGUGCAAGACUCCCUCCAGUUUAAUGGGAGAGGGAGAGACAGGAAAAAUAUGGACUGAGAAAUCAUUUGUAUGACAUGGGCUGGAGCAAGAUGGGGAGUGGGUUAGAGGUAGGUCUACAGUAGAAGCUUCGGCUGCUGUCUCAGGAUUUAACGUGGAAUCGCGCCUAUCACACAUCAGGAAUGAAGGCAAGGAAGGAACUUGGCAUUUCAGAGGAAGGUGAUGGGGAGGUGGCUGGAUGGAGGAGCUCAAGCUGACUGCAAACACAGUUUCCACAUAUAGGAAUGGAAUGACAAAGGAGAGGCCAGCCCUGACGCACAACUGCCACCACUCUGGGGAAGAUGGGGGAGUUAAGGGAAGGAGAAAAAAGGACAGACUCAGAGAUGUGAAUGGACAGAAAUAGAAAUCACACUUCAACAGUGUGAAUAUCUCAGUUAACUGUCUUCUCCAAAAAAACCAAACCUGUGGCUUCCCCAGCUGAUGUAGAAAAUGGGAGGUCAGCUGAAAUUGGUGUGAAGUAAACUGAAAAUUAAACAGGUUUUUAUGCAGGGAUACAGCACCUAUCCACAGUUUUAGUAGUACCUAGAGUGAUUCAAUCUGCUUUAAACUGUUUUCAUCAGCUAAGCUGCUGAAUGCAAGACUGUAUGUUAAGAGCCUUGCUAAUAAAAAGUUUAUUUAGUUUA